AUGAGAUUUGGGAUUAGCGCUUUACUUCCUUUGUGUUUGCAGUGCUUUGGCACAGUGUUGUGCUACCAGGAUAACGGCAUUCCAUUUGAGCUCAGGUCAAGCAUUGAACAGGGCGGCGGCAGCUUCGCGUUCCAACGAUUGUCGAACUCAGAGAAUAGAGAGCGAAAAACCUUGGCGACCCAACCUCUGGAUUUAUUUCCUCUCAAACCCGAAGGAGAAAGAAACAGCCAGAAACGAGUUUCGAGCAUUCCAGCCGAGCAAGGUCAUGUCCCAAAGCACCCAAGACCGAUCAACACACGCACAGUCUAUGACGGGUAUCCUGAAGAAUUUCGCGCCGACGAGGAACAUGCAUCCACCCUUUACUUGAGCCCUGCUCUGUCAACCCCAACUCGCCCUCAAAAAGCCGAUCUCACUGCUUACAGUCGGCCGGAACCAAGCACAAGUCCGCGAAGCACUCAAGAACAAGAAUUUGCAUCUCUUCAGCGUCAAUUCGAGAAUCGUAACGGAAUUGCAUGGUCUCAUCUGACUGAGAACAGGAAGAUCCGAGAAUGCUACUCCUGUCAACUUCUAGAUUGGAGUCCACCUGUAAACGAUCAUGAACAAGUUGGUCUGGCUACUCAGUUCCUUGCAAUUCAAUUUCAACACGCAAUAUCGAACUUUCCAUGGGCCUCGGAGUUGGCAGCCAUGCACACCUCCCAUUCAAUUUUGAUUCCAUUUGUAUAUAAAUUGAUGAGGAAACCACUUACGACCGAGCAUUGGGCGAGAAUUCUGCUGGUUUGGCGCAACUUAUGGCAUGAUCCAGAUGAAUUAACAAGAGAGCUUGAAGCCAACUCGAAGCGGUCUCCUGACAAAUUUUUAAGUAAAUUUCUGUGGAUCUCCGAUUUUAUCUCAGAAUCAACAUUGCCCGAAUUAUUUGAGAACAAUGACAGACCUGUAUCCCGGAAUAAGUGCAAGGACCCGUUUCAACUUUCAACUCAUGAAUCAAGAAUGAUCAAAAUUCUCUCAGAUGGGAGAAGUAAACUAGGUCAUCUAAAGGAAAUCCAAAAGAAUGCAUUGAAUUCAAUCAAGAGUAUCUUAAAAGAAGAAUCUAGUUAUGGAAGUCAGAAAUACAACGAAUCCACAAAUCUGGUACAUACUCGAUAUCUGAUACUAGAACGUUUUAAAUCUCAAGCUCAAUGGAUCAAUCAAAAAUUUCCUGAAACGGUCUUGGAAGAUAUCAGGUUCAAACAAGGGGGCUGGCAUUUCAUGAAUGACAACCUGUGGCAAAAGACUGUGUUAAAGCCAGGAACUUCAUCCCGUGGUCUUUGCUUCUAUCUGAUGAAUUAUCCUACUUCAGUCAAAGGGGGGCUGGAUAUGGGUCAAACAACUCACAAAGCAAAUUGA